AUGGGAACGGGAUCUGUAACGGUAACGGCGUCUCCCAAAAACCGGGGGAACGGUGACACGCACAAAGGGGGCUUCCUCCAGAUCGUCCCGAGAGAGGGCCAGCCGUCCCCCAACAAGGAUCCCCCUCCCCCUGCCCCUCCUCUCCCCCCGCCCCCUCAGACCCCCCACACCCCCCUCAACCAAUCAGAGUGUGACUUGCAAGACUUCCCCAGCCCCAACGGCCUAUCGGCGACGUUACCCAGCGUCUUGCGGAGGAUGCAUGGUAACAGCUACAUGUUGUUAAGACAGAGUGAGGUGGAGAGCAGCUCCCCUCUCUGCCGCUCCUUCACUGAGGAACUCAACACCAUUCUGGAGAAGAGGAAGCACACGCAGCUGCUGCCAAAACCGAACGAGAGCUCUCUGUAG